UCUGCAACCACCCGGAUGUUCCUUUCCCUUCAGACGCCCUGGGGUCGCAUCUUCCUUGUUCUGUCCUCAUCUGUCCGUCUGCGAUCUGUAAGGUGGUGGGAGCUGCAGGCGGGACUCGGGAGGCCCAGGAACCAGAAAUGGUCCCCCAGCACUGGAGCUCAGAAGAAGCAGGACCGUGACUCAGUGGCCUUUGAGGAUGUUAAUGUGGAGUUCACCAUGGAGGAGUGGGCUUUCCUGGAUCCGACCCAGAAGAAACUCUACACAGAUGUGAUGCUGGAAACCUUCUGGAACCUGGCAUCAGUAGCAUGUAUUUUAGAAGAAAAAUGUGAAGAUCAUGACAGUGAAGAUCAGUAUGAACAUCAUGAAAUGAAUCUUAGUCAUUUGGUGGAGAGCCUCUGUAAAUGGAAGGAUGGGAGUCAAUUCAGAGAAACCUUCAGACAGAUUCCACAUGAUAAUGAAAGGAAGAAAACUCCUACUGAAAUACAAGUACCCACGUCCAGGUUGUGUAGACAAGUCUUCAUGCAUUAUUUAUCCUUUAAUAACCUCGUGAGCUCUGACACUGGACCCCAACUAUACCAGUGUGAGGAAUAUGAAGAGAAGCCUUAUAAAUGUAAGGAAUGUGGGAAAGCUUUCAAGCAUCUCCGAUAUAUUAAUGUACAUGAAAAGAAACACAGUAGAGAAAGGCCCUAUGAAUGUACAAAAUGUGGUAAAACCUACAGGUAUUUAAGUAACUUAUGUCGACAUGCAAGAACUCAUACUCAGGAGAAAUUCUAUGAGUGUAAGAAGUGUGGGAAAGCCUGGAGUUCUCUCCUCAUAUUUCAAAGACACAUGAUCAAGCACACUAGAGAUGGACCUUUUAAAUGUAAGGAGUGUGGGAAAGAAUUCCGAUGUCCAAGAAACUUUCGACAUCAUGAAAUGAUACACAAUGGAGAAAGGCCCUAUGAAUGUAAGGAAUGUGAUAAAGCCUUCAGUUCUCUCAAAUAUCUUAAAAAUCACACAAGGACUCAUGAUGGAAAGAAGCCUUAUGAAUGUAAGGAAUGUGGUAAAGCUUUCCGUUACCCCACUUCCCUUAGAAAUCAUGAAAUAGCUCAUACUGGGGAGAAACCCUAUGAGUGUAAGCAAUGUGGGAAAGCCUUCAGUCGUCUCAGUUACUUUCAAGUUCAUGAAAAAACUCAUAGUGAAGAGAAACCAUUUGAGUGUAAACAAUGUGGCAAAGCUUUCCGUUCUCUCAAGUCCUCUCGAGUACACGAAAGAACACACAGUGGAGAAAAACCCUACGAAUGUACAGAAUGUGGUAAAAUCUUCGGUUACUCAAGUAGUUUACAUAAACAUUUGAAAACACACUCUAGAGAUAAACCCUGUUAAUGUAAA